AUGACUUCCAAUCAACAACAAUUGCUUACUUGUCUUCAUACAGGUGUAACAGUUGAUAUACAACGGUCAAAUGGUCGUAUACAUCAAGCUGUUAUAACACAAAUAAAUUAUGAAGCAAAAAGUGUUACUGUUGAAUGGCAAGAGAAAAAUGAAGGCAAAGGAAAAGAAGUUGAUUUAGAUGCAAUUGUACAACUUAAUCCAAAUCUUUUUACAUCGGUUACAAAUCCUUCAUCAUCUCAUCAUAAUAACAAUAACAAUGGUGCUACUGUUGAUCAUGAUACAAAUAAUAACGGUGAUCAUUAUACAAAUGGUGGUACUGUCACACAACCAAAUCGUCGUACAAAACAACAAGCUACUGAUUCAGAAAAUGUACGAAAGCAAUCUCAACUGCCUGUUGCUGCUGCUGCUGCUGUCGCCGCUGCUCGACCUGCAGUUAUAUCUAAUCCAGCUGUACAAGUUAAUAAUGAUAUUUCACCACAAAAACAACAAACACCAACUAUUCCACCAGUACUAGAUUCAAAUAAAUCAAAAGUUGUUAAAGAAAUUGAACGCAUAGCUGCAAAUCGUGAACAACGACGUGCAAGACAAGAUGAACGCCGACAGAAACUAUCGGAAGUGGAUCAAUCGAUACCGGCAUGGGAGUUUCAAGCUAUGGUUAGUGAAUAUAGACAACAACUUGAUGUAAAAUUAUUAGCAAUGAAUGAUCCACAAAAAGAUUUAAAAAUAUGUGUCUGUGUACGUAAAAGGCCAAUAACAAAAAAAGAAUUAAAUAAAAAAGAUAUCGAUGUAUUAACAAUACCAAAUAAAGAAGUUGUUAUUGUGCAUAUACCGAAAGUUAAAGUUGAUCUAACAAAAUACAUUGAUAAUCAAAAAUUUCGUUUUGAUUAUGGAUUUCAUGAAACGUGUAAUAAUGAACUUGUUUAUCAUUUUACUGCUCAUCCAUUGGUACAAUCAUUAUUUCAAGGAAAUAAUCCGAUGGUAUUUGCAUAUGGACAAACGGGUUCUGGUAAAACAUAUACGAUGGGUGGUGAUUUAAGUCAACGUGAUGUAGAUUUUUCCAAAGGAAUCUAUGCAUUAACAGCUAACGAUAUAUUUCGUCAUUUAAAUAAACCUCCUAAUAAAGGUCAAUUCGAUGUUUAUUGCACAUUUUUUGAAAUCUAUUGUACUAAAGUCUUCGAUUUGUUUAAUGAAAAAAAACGUUUACGUGUGUUGGAAGAUCAUAAAAAUUUAGUUCAAGUUGUUGGUAAAAAGGAAGAACAAGUGGAAACUGUCGAAGAUGUUAUGACAUUAAUCCGUCGUGGUAUGAGUGUACGUACGUCUGGUACAACAUCAGCAAAUGAAAAUUCAUCUCGGUCACAUGCCAUUUUUCAAAUAACAUUAAAGAAAAAAAACGUAACUAAAGACUAUGGAAAAAUAUCUUUAAUCGAUUUGGCUGGUAGCGAACGUGGAAAAGAUACGCAAACAAGUGAUAAAACAACAUUAAUGGAAGGUGCACAAAUCAAUAAAUCCCUAUUAACAUUAAAAGAAUGUAUACGUUCCUUGGGACGCAAUGCUGAACAUGUACCAUUUCGUGGUUCAACAUUAACAAAAGUUUUACGAGAUUCAUUUAUUGGUGAAAAAUCGAAAGUAUGUAUGAUAGCUAUGGUUUCACCGGGAAAUAGCGAUGCUGAACAUACAUUAAAUACAUUACGUUAUGCUGAUCGUGUCAAAGAAUUAAAUGUUGAUGAAGUUAAACGUGGUGCUGGUAAUCAUGCAGGACAAAUGAUUGGAGGACAUGACGAUAUGAUGUUAGGUCAACCGCUUGACGAAGAAGAUGACAUGGAUGAUGAUGAUUCUGGUGAUGAUUUAGCUGCUAUUAGUAAUACUCAUAACAAUAAUGUUAAUGCUAAUCAAGCAAUACCAACAUCGCGUUAUGCUGGACAACAAUCAAAUAUACCUAAACCACAACAACCAACAAAUGUUAAACGUCCUGUGGGGCAUAAACAAAAAUCGGAAACCUCACGUAAAUUUGAAGAAGCUAUUGCACGUUCACAAGAAAUUGAAGAUAUAACAUUAGAAUCACAUAAUGAAUUGAUUGAUGAUUUACCACAGAUUGUAGCUAAUCAUCAAGGUUUACUUGACUUGUCAACAAAUAUGAAUUACGAUCGUGAUGAAUAUGCUAAACAAUUGAUUUCUCUUAUCGAUAGUCAACAACAAUAUUUAACUGAAUUACGUAAUAAAGCAUUACAAAUGCGAGAAGCUGUUGCAUAUGAAGAUUUAUGUGCUAAAGCAUUACCAUCAAAAUGA